AUGGUGCAGUUGGCUGUGGCUAAGGAUCUGAGGUGCUUGCUAGACACCAAAGAUUUCAUAGAUAUCAUACUGAGUGUCAGAGGUGCCCAGUUGAAUGCGCACAGGGUGAUGCUGUGUACUUGCAGCCCUGUUUUCAGAGCUGUACUGAGUCAUGACAUGAAAGAGGCUCGGGAAAGCCUCAUGGAGAUCCCAGACUUGGAACCAACAGUUAUGUUAAAAAUGUUGCGUUACAUGUACACAGAUAGAGUGCAUGUACCGAGUGACAUGACAGAGCAGCUGUUGGUGGCCUCCGACAAGUACAGGCUUCAGUGCGAGUCGGACGUGGCGAGGCAGGUUACUGUAGGCAGUGCUGCUGAUAUUGCUGCCUGUGCUGUUGUUCAUUCCUGCAGGUUCUUGCAGAAGGUGUAUGUGGCUUAA